UCGAAGAACCACACUCGUCGGACCAUCGGAGGCGUUGAAUUGGAGAACACACGAGAGUGGACUCUUUGACUCAGGAGGACGAGUCAGUCACACGACACAACACAGAGCUCCAUUCCAUGAAGGCCAAGAAACGAUCGCGCUUGAAAAAAGGGAAAAAACUAUCGAUAAAGAAAGAAAACGGUACGAGUGCUAAGAUCAGCAAGUACUGGUUUCAACGUUACGAUCUCUUCUCAAGAUAUGACCUAGGUAUCGAGAUGGACGAGGAAGGAUGGUACUCUGUUACCCCCGAAGAGAUUGCUAUCAAACAGGCUGAGAGAUGUCGGGGCCAAGUCGUCAUUGAUUGCUUCUCAGGCGUUGGUGGUAACACUAUUCAAUUUGCCAAACUAUGUUCUUCUGUUGUUGCUAUCGACAUUGAUCCGGUGAAAGUUGAAUUGGCAAUGAACAAUGCAUUGGUUUAUGGAGUUGCUAAUCGUGUUGAUUUUCUCAUUGGUGAUUUCUUCCACUUAGCUCCAUCUCUUAAAGGAGAUGUAGUGUUUCUUUCACCACCAUGGGGAGGACCAAUGUAUAAAGAAGUUGAGAGUUACAAGAUGGAUAUGCUCCAACCGAGAGAUGGGUACACAUUGUUUAAGAUUGCCCUGUCCAUUGCACCUAACAUUAUAAUGUUUCUACCGAGGAAUGUUGAUUUAGCCCAAGUGGAAGAACUCGCUUGGCUCUCGUCUCCUCCUCUAACUCUUGAGAUAGAAGAAAACUUUGUUGGAGGCAGAAUGAAAGCCAUAACAGCUUAUUUUAGUUGCAAUGCAGUGUAGUUGAGAAAUAGGAACCAUUGCUUUAAGUGAACUAUCUUUUUGCAUUAGGAAAUAGAGGAUUUGAUCAUUGACACUUAUCAUUCAAUAUCUGUUCCUACAAAAUUUCUUCAACAGAUUUUUUUCUACUAAUAUAAAUUCUACUUCUAACAAGGACACAAAACUGUCUUUCUUUUUUAUAAAUUUUAGUUUACGUGUGACUUAAAAAUGGAACCUUAGAAAAGGAUUUACCACACAAUGAAUGACAAGAUGAGGAGUCAGAUGAUCAGUCCUCCCUAGUAGAGGAAGAGCAAAGCGUUUAGGUUCUUUUGAGAAAUGUA